AUGGGGAAAUCGGAAUCGGCCAAAGAAUGUAAGAGACACCCAAAUCACAAUCUCUUACCCGGAAUUUGCCCUUCUUGUCUUCGAGAAAAGCUUCAACAAUUUCAUCAAUCUCCCAACUAUUCCGAUUCUCAAUCAACUUUCUCUUCCCCUUCUUCUUCUUCCUCCGAUUUUUUCUUCUCCGCCGAUUCCUCUCGCCGCCACCGCCGCCACCACCGUCGUAACGCCUCCGAGUUCGUCACUGGGUCGAUGGCGGUUGACUUGUUAGCGGACAAGCUGAAGAAGACCGGUUCCAUUAGGAUCUCUACCGAUGGCGGCACCGGCGCUGGCGUUAAAGGAAAGAAGAAACUUGGGUUUUGGUCAAGGUUGUUGCUCCGCCCAAAAGCUCUGUAUUUUAGUUGA